GGCACCCAAGUACCCCUCUGCAUACCCUGCCUUCGCGUUUGAAUCGAAGAGGCGUAAGUCGACGCAGAGCUCUUCGUCACAACGUGUAUUCGCGGUCACCAUUUCCUGAUCUCGCCGUCAAGAAGCGUUUAAUAGAUGCGGUAAUACUGUAGCCGUUCUCUCUCUUUUGCCAGUCAUGAAGCUCGUGCGCAGGGCUCGGAAAAGCAUCCGAGAGCGGCGGAUGAAGGAGUGCAUCAACGAUCUGAACAGUAAUCUGUCGAAGGUCGAGAUGCGCGUCUUCAAGAAGCAGAAGAAGGAGCGCGACACGAAGCGAGUGGCGCUCGGCCUAGCUCAGCCAGUCCCGAAAAAUAUCUUGAUGGGCCGUAUGAAUCCGGAGCUGUACGCGAUCGAGUGCCGCCUUCACAAAGAAGCCGGCCUCUCCAAGCCCUUGCCGUAUCAGGGGUACAAGCAAGAUCUAGUACGCAGUCAUGCCACAACGCAGUGCGUCGGCUUUGUGGGUUUCCGCACGAUUCUGCAAGCCAUUCGCGCUAGAAACAACCAGUCGAUGAACGACGUGUAA